AUGGGGAAACACUGUUGGUUUCAGGUGUCAAUCGACGGCAAGCCCCUGAGGGAAAAGAUUGUGUUUGAGCUCUUUGACGAUGUCACGCCGAAGACAUGUGCCAACUUCCGUGCGUUGUGUACAGGCAAUGAGGGCAAGUUGGUGGAAGGAACGCAAAUUCCAAUGACGUAUAAGGGCAGCAGUUUCCACCGAAUUAUCAGUGGUUUCAUGGUCCAGGGUGGCGAUUUUACAAAGCAUAACGGCACAGGCGGUGUGUCCAUUUACGGUGAGCGCUUUGACGACGAGAACUUUGACAUGCCCUGCGAUAAGGCUGGCUUGUUGGCAAUGGCCAAUGCCGGAGAGAAUACCAACGGUUCUCAGUUCUUCAUCACUGUGAAUCCGGCUCCCCACCUCACUGGGCGGCACGUCGUGUUUGGCAAAGUGGUGCGUGGCAUGAACGCCGUCCGGGCGCUGGAGCACGCUGAGACCGGUGCGAACGACAAGCCUGUAAAGCCGUGCGUGAUUGUUGACUGCGGUGAGGUGGACACCCUCCCCGAACCGGAGCCGCAGGUGGGUGGCGACACGUACCCCGACUACCCCGAAGACUGUGCCCCCGCUCUGAGUGAUGUGGAGCUCCUCAAUGUGGGUGAGGCAGUGCGGCAGAUUGGUAACAAUUUGUUCAAGGGGGCUGAAUACGAAAAUGCGACGGAGAAAUAUGAAAAGGCCGUCCGCUUCGUCAAUGCGGCUAACAAGACAUCGGCCAACGAGGUGGCUGUGAAUGAAAAACUGGUCGCCUGUUACAAUAACACAGCUGCCUGCGCGCUGAAACUAAGCCGGUGGGCCGAGGCUCGCAAUGCUGCCACGCAAGUGCUCGAGAUUGAGGAGUCUAACUCCAAGGCCUUGUUUCGCCGCGGUGUUGCCAACCUCAACGCACGCGAUCCCGAGUCGGCUGUGGCCGACCUCGCCAGGGCGCAGUCGCUGGACCCAGAGAACGCUGAAAUCGCAGCGAAGCUUCAACAGGCAAAGGAUGAAGCAAAGGCGCGUACCGCUAAGCUGGCGGCUGGGCUAAAGAAGAUGUUCUCGUGA